UUUAUUAAGAGUUUAAUUUGAAGUUAAUUUGGCCUAAUCAUAUAGUAAUUUAUGAUUAUUCAAUUAUAGGUUUGCAUUUAAUACCAUCAGAAGAAGAUCGUGUUGAUAAUCAUCUAACUUGAUAAUGUGUAAAAGUUGUUCUUUAAAUAUAAGGAAAUGGACCGCCAAAAAUAGGGGCAAAAGAAUUAUCAAUUAUAGAAAAGAAGAAGUUAUGAGAGUAUCUAAUGAAAUGGCCCUGAUGGAUGCAAGAGUUCUUCCCACUCCAACAAUUCAUUAUCGCCCGUCAUCAAGAGAGAAUCGUGUCCGACCUAUAGAUGGAACUUGGAACUUACGUGAUUAGUCGCACAUACGAGCACACGAAAAUCAAAAUGAAUUAUGUCAAAAAAUGUAACAAAGAUGAAGAAUUUAAUAUGAAAAUUGAUGCGAUUGAUUACGGUAUAAGUGAGGAUGCUGAGAAAAUUGACGAUAUAAAAAAUUUAAUCAUGAUAGUGAUGAGGAAUA